AUGCCUGCCAGGCAUUCGGACCACGCCUCGUCCGCUUCGAGAACGGCACGCCGCCAACCGGCCGUUUCGACCGCUUGCGACUUUUGUCGUCGUCGAAAGAUCCGGUGCAACGGCGAACAGCCUUGCGACAGGUGUCAACAGCACGGUAGAACCAACACCUGCCAUUUUCAAGAUCGGUCCAGUCGCCAGUCGAAUGGAAACGCUGCGGCUGCAGCUGCUGUCCCUGCAUUGUAUCAAGCGCAGGAUCGCAUUCGUCAGCUAGAGGAUCAGCUGAAUUCUGUGCAUCAACGACGCCGCCCGUCUUCUGCAUCAGAUCGUGAGGAGAGGACAGUCAAUGGCACGUUCUCGCCGCCAAGUCAGAGCCACGCGAGUGCAAGGGGUGCACACCAUGCCGUGUCACAGCCUCGCUCGAAUGGGGUCGAUGCAACCAGCUCUUUGACGUUGUCGGAUGCAUCGGGUGACGAGCUACCGUUCAGCCAUGCUUCUUCACAUAUACGCCAUCCACCACCGCCACCAGCAUCAGCGACAGAAGCAGCGCACUCUCCGCCGGCAAGACCCGCCACACACCACUCGCACCACUCGACACCCACGCCAAGCUCACCCACGUCUUCAGCCGUAGCCAGCAUCAUCGCCGACCUGGGCCGUCCACGCCACUCGAUUGGACAUGCAUCCCCGCACCGCCCAGCACCCUCGUCUGCCUCGCCUGCAGGCCAGCAUGCACCCACGCCAACAACAACGACGCGCACCGUCAUGUCGAACCUGCGCGUCAACAACCGCGGCGAGUCGCGAUACCACGGACCCACGAGCGCCUCGUUCAGCGCGCCCGACCCGUUGAGCGCCGACCACCGCGCCGACGGCGAAGAUGGCGGUGUUGCUCCCGGCAGACUCGCCAACGACGGUGCAGCCAGCAGCACGGGCGGGAUGGACGCGAGACAGAGGCAGCGCGUCUCGCUGGAUCCGGCACUGCUGACGGACAGACUGACGAGUCUCGCAGCGAGGGAGAGGCAGCAGGAAGUGAUGAACGUUGUAGCGGGCAAGAUGGACUUUGAUGGCGUCGAACCCGAGCUGGCGAUCCAUUUGCUCAACUUGCACUGGAACCGACAGCACCAUGCUUACCUGGUCACGUACCGGCCCUUGUUCAUGCGAGACAUGGCGGCACCCACGGGCAAAGCCAAAUACUUCUCCAAGCUGCUCUUCCACGCGAUUCUGUUUGGAGCCGCCAAGUUUUCCGACCGCAUCGACCAGGUGCGAUCCGACGUCAACGAUCCCUCGACGGCCGGGCUGCAGUUUCUCGAGCGAGUGCAGCAGCUCCUGCCCGAAGCGCUGAUCAAGAGCCGCAUCACGACCGUACAAGCACUGCUGCUGCUCGCAUGCACACACUACGCGCGUGGCAGCGAAAGCGCCGCAUGGCUCCACUCCGGCCUAGCCUUCCGCAUGGCCAUCGACCUGGGCAUGAACGAGGACAGUGUGCAACUCGUCGCGUCGGGUAACAUGGCACUCGAAGAACUCGAGCUGCGCCGACGCGUCGUGUGGGCAGCUUUUGUGAUCGACAAGAUUCACUCGCUCUAUCAGGGCCGACAGGCUUCGUUUGAGCGGCGCAACCUGUACGUGCCCAUCGAGUUCCACGACCAUUUCGAAGAAACGGAAUUCUGGACGCCUGUGGCCUACCAUCGUCCGCUGAACGAGGACGAGAUGGACGGCCAGAAUGCGGGCAUGAUGCCAAGCGGGUAUACGGGGCCGAUCUACAGCGUUUCGACGUUUGCAGAGCUGUGCAGGCUGACGGUGAUCAUGGAAAAGAUCAUCCAGGUAUUCUACUCGAUCGAUAGUGGGACGAGGACAGAGAGGGCGCAGACGGAGCAUCUGAUCGAGAUGCGCUGCGAGUUGGGUGCGUGGCGAACCUCGCUGGCUGCUCACCUCCGGAUCGAUUCGAGCUUGGCAGCAGGACGGACUGCGGCUGCAGGUGGGAAUGGUGCGCAACGCUCUCGAACCUGCCCACCGAACUUGAUCUCACUACAUGCGCUGUACCAUGCGCUGACGAUCCUGCUCAACCGGCCCUUCCUGCCUCACGGCCACCUUCGAAGCGACGAUGCCGCGACGGGACGAUCGGCCUGGAAAGCGUGCGUCGACGCAGCGUCGAGCAUCUCGAGCCUCAUGAACCUCUACCGCCAAACGGUCAGCAUGAAGGGCGCGCCGCAACUCAUCUCGUACAUCAACUUUUGCGCUGCGGGUAUCCACGUCCGCGUGGCAGCCCAGCUGCAGCAGGGCGACGCUGCGUCCAACACGGCAGCGGCUUCGAGUCGACGAUACGAACUCAAGGCGCUGCGGCAGUGUUUGCAGGACUUUGAGGAGAACCAGGACCCGAACCCGGGCGUUGUCAAGGCCAAGAGCGUGAUACGCAACAUGGCUGAGCGGGCGGGGAUCCUGGGGCUGUUGCAGGACGAAGCGGGGCAAGGCGGACUGUCGCCCAUGCACCAGGAUGAUACGCCUCCCCUGGUGGGUGUUGCUGGUGCGGGCGAUGGGAACAAUGAAGCGAAUGCACACAGCGCUGCCACCGCGAGUGUGCCGACGGCGGCCUUGCCGAGCGUUUCGACAUUGGCAACGACGGGAGCAACGGCGGUGAACCGCAACCAAGCAAUGGAGCAUUCGGUGUUGGGAGUCACACCGCCGUACGAGAUCGACUUUGAAAGCAUCCUGGCGUCGUUCGACCAGUUCGAAUCAACCUCCGGAGGCGGACCAGGUGGCAGCAGCGAUGCCAACAACACCAACUCGGAUAUUCUGUUUGGGUUCCUGAGGGACUACGAUGCGCCUGGCACUACGCUUUCUAUGUAG